GCUCAGUUUCUGAAGGGCACACUCCUCAGCAUUCUAGUCAUGGUAAAUGGUGAGGAAUACAAAUCCAGAUGGCUCCCCUCACAGGGUUUUCACUUUUUCUUUCAAGAGCACCGCAAAGCCAGGACAUUGUGCUGUUAGAUACUUCGUAGCUGGCGGGUGAUACAAUGUUGGACUUCUUCCCCCAGCCUUCCUAUAGCUUUCAUGAAUUUUAUUUUGAAUUCUUGUUUUUAUUUUGUUUAGAAUUCUUUUUUUCAAGACAGUCUUGCCGUGUUGUCCAAGCUGGUCUCGAACUCCUGGGCUCAGGCCAGCCUCCCGCACUCAGUCUCCUGAAUGGGCCCCUGGCUUGAGUAUUGGAAUAUUUACAUCUGAAUGCUUUGGGAAAUUUGCUGUACCUCAAACUCAGAGUGAAAGAAAUGUCCAACCAAAAAGCAGGCAGCCUGCUCUCCAUGCUGCCAUUUAUGUCUCAAACUGAGAUGACCAAGUUUAAGUUCAAACUAGCAGCUCUACCACUGUUGCUGAAACAUCUUUCUUGGUAAAGGUAAAUUCUGAAACCUAUUUCCUAUUCAUCUUGGUUUGAUCAUGAAGUGAGACCCAUGGAAGGCAGUGAACGUCCUUCAACACCCUCAUCCACAUGAGUAAUACGGACCAUCUUAACCUUUGUCGAAGAGGGCUUGUUCCAGCCUUGGCGACAGAGUGAGAGCCUGCUACAAAAAAAAGGGGGCUUGCUGACUUGAUAUGCCAGUGAACUUUUGGGAGGGAGCCUUGAUGGGAUUCUGUAGUAGGGAAGGCCUUUAGCUCUGAAUAAAGGAAAUUGGCAUUUCUGUUUUUUACUUUUUGAGACAGGGUCUCAGGAUCUCAGCCUGCUCCCAGGCUGGAGUUCAGUGGUCUGAUCAUAGUUCACUGCAGACUCAAAAUCCUGAGCUCGAGUGAUCUUCCCACCUCAACCUCCCAGAGUGUUGGGAGUACAGGCGUAGGCCACCGAGCCUAGCUGAUUUUUUUUUUUUUUUUAAAGGCCUUGUCUGAAACUCCUGGCCGCAGGCGAUCCUCCUGCCUCAGCCUCCCAAAGUGCUGGGAUUGCAGACAAGAACCUCUCUGCCUGGCUGGGUUUCUGUUAUUCAUUUGUUGGACCUGCUUUCUUGGUAGCAGUGGUGUAUUGAUUCCCACUAGGAUUUCUCUGCCAGGAGAUCCUUACAGAUCAUGUAGUUCAACCCUUUUGCUUUGUGAAUUCAUUUGAAAGUAUUAUAAUUUCGGUACAUAAUAAUUAAUGGAUUUCUUGACAUGCAUUAGAUAUUUAAGGCAGUAAUUUAACUCUGGUUCCACGUUGAUUCCAUUAGUGCAUGGGCUUGCAGCCUUGUGAAAUGAUGAUUCAGUUUAUCCAUUCGCUGAGUGCGCUGCACUGACCUCCUUCCAAGCCUCAGUUCCUGUUCUAGGAACUUGAGGCUAUGUAGCCUGCAAAUGCCCUGCAGUCUGCAGUGUUCUACUGUGAACUGCUUGUGUGUUGGCAGGCUACCGGUAAGAAUGGUUGGUGUCAGCAGGGAUGGGGCUCUCUGGGACCCAUCUCACAAAGAUGAGUGGUGAAAAUCUGAUCACUUGCUGCAGCCUUUCAGUUUUUUAUUAAGCUGAUGCCUGAGUAGCUUUAAUAGCUAUUAGCUAUGUUAGUAGACUGAGAUCUUCUGUUAGAAGUCCUUAGUUCUGUUUUCCUUGGGGACUAAGAAAUUGCAGGCGUGAAUUACAGGAAGGUGAGAACUAAUGGCUAGGGAAUGAGAGCCAAUACCUGUAAAAGCAGAUUUGGGCCAGGUGCGGUGGCUCAUGCCUGUGAUCCCAGCACUUUGGGAGGCUGAGGCGGGCAGAUCAUGAGGUCAGGAGUUAGAGAUUAGCCUGACCAACAUGGUGGAACCCCUUCUCUACUAAAAAUACAAAAAUUAGCCGGGUGUGGUGGCGUGCACCUAUAAUCCCAGCUACACAGGAGGCUGAAGCAGGAGUAUCUAGGAUAAUUGAACCCGGGAGGCGGAGGUUGCGGUGAGCUGAGCUUGUGCCACUGCCCUCCAGCCUGGGCGACAGUGAGGCUCUGUCUCAAAAAAAAAAAAAAAAAAAAAAGGCAGAGUUGAUGUAUUGCUUAUAGUUAGUUGAACCAGUUGUUUUUCACACACCAGUGCCAUAAUCUGCAGCUGAGAUUGAACACAGUUAAGUAGGUAUUAGUUAUCUUCAGGAUGGAAGAGAACAGUAACAAUUCAGAGCACCAAUGGGAACAUUGUUUCCUGAGAGUUCAAACAGUAACGAAGUAACAUAUGUUUCCUAAAUAUGUAUCAUGUGAAUCUUUAACGUUUGUGGACAGUAAUACAAACCUAGAGUGUGACAGAACAUCUUAGAAUUUUAUGUCCUUACUUAUGAAUAUUGGACUAGGCAAGGUGUGGAUACCUUUCCAGCUGAAAAUCUGAUCAAGGAGGCAGACUUCUUGGCUCCAUGCUAAGAAUCGUGGGUGAUUUGUCAUAUUGGCCCUCUUUCUGGCAAAAUCUUAGUUUUCUUAGGCAGUGGAAUGAGGCAUAACAAAACAAAAUCCCUGGAGGCUAGGAACAGUUUGAAAGAAGACACUGUAGCAUGUGCUGCUUAAGUACAUAUCUCCUGCUUUUGGAAUGGAAACUAGGAAGUUAUUUAAAUAGAUACAUCUGUUUUUUAUCCUAUCUGCAGUAAUUAAUGUGGGAUAUUCAAAUAGGAAAAUACGGGCUAGCACUGCAUAUUGUAUACAUGUCUUACAUUGUAUGCAAAUGACUAUUAGAUUUAGAUGACUAAUUAGAUUUAAAUGACGGUUCAGCUAGCUCCAAUCUUAACAGAUCAGAGAUUGUGGAGUUUAACUUCUUUGGACUGUGUCUUUUUCAUUUUGGCGCUGUGUCUGCAGUCACCAUAACCACUUAGAAAAAUCUGUAUUUUUUUCUGUUCUCCUCGUGUGUUCUGAGUUUUUGAAUCUUCCCUUUUGUGGUGUUCAGUCAUCCAGGUGCCCUUUGCCCUCUGUGAGCCAUUAAACCUUUUGAAGAGGCAGCUUUGCUGGGAUCAUUGUCUUGUGCCACAGUGAGUCGUAAGUGAAAUUUGGGCCAAAAGUGAGUUUAUGAAGAUUGGUGGGCAGGAGCUCAAGAUCUGCAGGGUUGUCCUGUAGCCCGUGUCUGAUGUGCCCCAGCUGGGAAGCUGAUGAAUAGCUGAGAUCUGUAUCUGUGGACCUGAAUGUUGAUCCCUCGCUUCAGAUUGACAUACCUGAUGCACUCAGUGAGAGAGAUAAAGUCAAAUUUACAGUGCACACAAAGACCACAUUGCCCACGUUUCAGAGCCCAGAGUUUUCUGUCACAAGGCAACAUGAAGACUUUGUGUGGCUACAUGACACUCUUAUUGAAACAACAGACUAUGCUGGGCUUAUUGAGUGGAGUGGUUGUCUCCUGUGGACCAGCAAGAGUAGAAUGAGGCACCAACUAGAAAACAUCGCUGCUGGGACAAGAGGCUCAUGAGUUCCUGCCUCUGCUGCAGAUUCCACCUGCUCCUACGAAGCCCGACUUUGAUGGUCCUCGAGAGAAGAUGCAGAAACUGGGAGAAGGUGAAGGGUCUAUGACCAAAGAGGAAUUUGCCAAGAUGAAACAAGAACUGGAAGCUGAGUAUCUCGCUGUUUUUAAGAAGACUGUCUCCUCCCAUGAAGUCUUUCUUCAGCGGCUUUCUUCUCACGCUAUUCUUAGUAAAGAUCGCAACUUUCAUGUUUUCCUGGAAUAUGAUCAGGAUCUAAGUGUGAGGCGGAAGAAUACUAAAGAGAUGUUUGGUGGCUUCUUCAAAAGUGUGGUGAAAAGUGCUGAUGAAGUCCUUUUUACCGGAGUUAAGGAGGUAGAUGACUUCUUUGAGCAAGAGAAGAACUUCCUUAUUAACUAUUACAAUAGGAUCAAAGAUUCUUGUGUGAAAGCUGACAAAAUGACCAGAUCUCAUAAAAAUGUUGCCGAUGACUAUAUCCACACUGCAGCCUGCUUACAUAGCCUGGCUUUAGAAGAGCCCACAGUCAUCAAAAAGUACCUGUUGAAGGUUGCUGAGCUAUUUGAAAAGCUUAGGAAAGUAGAGGGUCGAGUGUCAUCAGAUGAAGAUUUGAAGCUAACAGAGCUCCUCCGAUACUACAUGCUCAACAUCGAAGCUGCUAAGGAUCUCUUAUACAGACGCACCAAAGCCCUCAUUGACUAUGAAAACUCAAACAAAGCUCUGGAUAAAGCCCGGUUAAAGAGCAAAGACGUCAAGUUGGCUGAGGCACACCAGCAGGAGUGCUGCCAGAAAUUUGAACAACUUUCCGAAUCUGCAAAAGAAGAACUGAUAAAUUUCAAACGGAAGAGAGUGGCAGCAUUUAGAAAGAAUCUAAUUGAAAUGUCUGAACUGGAAAUAAAACAUGCCAGGAACAAUGUCUCCCUUUUGCAGAGCUGUAUUGACUUGUUCAAGAAUAACUGAUAUGCCUUCACUCAGAAGAAAAGAAAUGAAUGUGAAAGAAAGCCAAGCAUCACUUGCACUUAAAUCAUUACCACGGAAAAUUUAUUAGCUUCAAGUUUAAAAUUAUGUGAAUAAAUAUUUUGAUUUCUACAAAUCUUAACAUUUAACCAUGUUGGUUUAAAAACAUUAUUGCUUGCUACUUGGACAAACUAAUUUUUCCUUGUGCAUUUAAUACCUCUGGGCAGAAUCUAAAUACUGGGUUAUCCUGUAGUUCGUCUUUAGUUACUGAGAAAGGGUGUAGGAGACAUUUGCCUUCUGGAAACAAGUAGAAGCAAUCACCGGGCCUAUGUCCCUACAAACCCAUGAUUGUCAGGGAGGUGCCAGUUGCAGCAGGUGGUUCAGCUGCUCGAGGCAGGUAACAGACCUUCCAUUCCUCGCUGAAGGUGGGGUUUGUGUUUUUGUUUUGCCCGUCACUCCACUGGUAGUCAUCUGGUAUUGACUACAGCAAGAAACAUAACAGCAAGAAAAUCUCAUUUAUCUUUAUAUACUCUUUGCACCUCCUUUUUUUAGUUGAGAUACAAAUAUUUGAGGGGAGAGAAAUAUCUAUGGGUAUAUAUGGAAACAUAAUGUGGUCUACUUUGUAAGAUGGCCAGAUCUACAUUAGGAAGAGUAUGAGCUCCCUCCCUAGUGGCCAUUGGGGGGUGAGGGGGGUAUGGUGUAUGUCUUUGGGCAUUUGUUUUUUUAUAAAGCAUAUAAUAAAAUAAUCGUGCUACUAA